AUGUUCGUGGAGGAUUUCAUGGUCGAAUGUUCGCUGAAAUGCGAAGGAAAAAACUCGAAAAGUUUGAGGACGGAUUGCAGCAGACAAGACCGAAAGAUGCGUAGACAGAUAGCGAAUUGUAACGAGAGGAAGCGAAUGAAACAAAUCAAUACCGGGUUCGAAUCCCUACGUACUCUCCUGCCUAAUUUGGUUGACGAGAAAAUUAGUAAAGCGGCCAUAUUGCAGCAGGCGACGAUCUACAUAGCCAGCCUGACUAGGGAGAGAGAUCAGUUGAGAGAGUUUUGCCGGAGACUGGGGUAUGAUACCAAAGAUCUAGAAUUGCCGGCUAUGAUUGUGAAGAAGAGGAAACUUCCCGGCAACAACAUCAAUUGCAACAAAAACAUCAACGACAAAAUGGAGAGCAGAAUGGAAAACUGCCAUAACAACUCCAGCAACAUUGAAAACGUCAACAAUUCCAACACCAUCAUAAACAACAACAUCGUACCUGACUCCAUUAAUGAUGUCACCAUCAGCAACAACAACGUAGCUACCAGACCUCUGGCUGAACUCGAUUGUGGUGGCAAAUUGGCUCUGCCCCCGUCUGAUCCAAUUAGCAGUCUUCCGAAGCACAGCAGCAACAAUAACUUAGCUAACAUUAACAAUAAUUGUUUAAGUCUAUUCAACUUUGAUGUUGAAGCCGCGAAGAUAAAGACAACAACGACGUCAACAGCCCCAUUGCUAUUAGCUAACAAUGGUGGUCUUUUCAUGAAUUACCUAACAUCACCAUCAUCGCAAGUAACAACAACAACAAAUACACUAAACAACAACAAUUAUAACGUCAACAACAGCAUAUACAAUUCUUUUAAUAAUAAUAAUAAUAACAAUAUCAUCAAUAAUAAUAAUAAUAUCAUCAAUAAUAAUAACAACAAUAACAACACUAACAUUCUCAAAGCCAUCAAUAACAAUAUACUGUCACCACUGGUGUAUUCCAGAUUGAUAGCAUUACCUAUAUCCGUCCUUGGUAGCAUCAACAACGUCAACAAUAACAUUAACAUCAAUAAUAAUAACAACAACAAUAAUAAUAAUAGUGAUAAUAAUAACAAUGAUAAAGUAACGGCCGCCAAAUCUUUGUUUUAUUCCUCUUCGCCAUUUUCGCCAUCGUUGUCAUCAUCAUCAAUACCGAAACCAUCGCUAUCAUUAUCAUCAUUGGUGUCGAAAUCAUUAUCAACAUCAUCUUCGUCGUCGUCGUCAUCAUCGAAUCAUAAAAUCUAUCCGGGGAAUCUGGGCAUAAUAAUUGAGGCCAUCAACCACAUUGAGAAUAAAAUGAACAAUAAUCAAGAUAAUAAAAAUAUUGUUGAACCGCACAUCCCUAUUUAUAAUAAUAUUAACCUUGAUUUUAAACUUAAUAUUGCCACUAACACUAACCAAUCAAAUCUUCCGGUAAAUAGUUGUAGCCAAUCGAAUUACACCGGCAAAACUGCUGGCCAAUCAGACUACACCACGAGUUGUGGCAGCCAAUCGGACUACAGCUCGUCGGCCAAUCACAGCGAAGAUAGCGAAGUGGAGAGUGAAUGCGAAGUUGUCAAGAAAAGACCCUCUAGCGAUGAGGAUGGCGACGAUGAAGAAGAAGAGGAAGACGAUGAUAAGGAUGACGGAUUUGACGACGAAUGCUGUGACGGUGGUGAAAUGAUGGUGGGUAUGAUGAGUAGAGAAGUUAUCAAAAUCAAGUAG